GUGCAGAACAGAUGAGACAGAGAAGCAGCACAUCAGCCCUCGGGCCCGUCUGUCUGUCCGUGUUUGCACCGGUGUCGAUGGACUAAAGGCAGACCUGGUGCUCCCAGGCUGAGCGCGCAGCAUCCUCAGUAAAGGUUGAUGGAGUAACUAACUGGCGUGUGAAGGUCUGGCGUCUGCUGGUGAUUUACUGAUAGAGGACUAAAUGGAGGCGAUAACAGAGCCCACACAGCUAAGGCAACCCAAGGAUGAUGGUGUCCAAAGUAGACACUCGUCGACUAAACGCUACAGUGAGAUUUUACGGGAUUUCGAUAACCUGGACCUCUCCUUAGUGAGCGUGUAUGAAGAGGAUUUGCUUACAGACCCUGACACACAGUCUCUCUCAGAAACUCCUGACACACCACCAGAUGAUUUGACAGGAGAAGAUGUGGUCAACAUACCUAUCUGCCAAGACAGAGAGGGAAAGAAUGGUGCCCUGGCAGUCCAGGAAUCCGACCUAACCCUGUGUCGCAAUGAGAGUGGCGUGGAGGUCGCCCUGCAGUACACAAAGAUGUGGUCCCGCUACGCCAAGGACAUCCUGACCUGGAUGGAAAAAAGAAUCAGCUUAGAGCAAGAAUUUGCCAAGAACGUCAUGAAGGCAGCGGACACGGCAAAGCUCUGCGUUGCUCAGCAGGAACUGAUGCCGUUGCAUGAUAUUUACACCAUGGUCCUGGAACAUGACAUGAAGAGCAGCACGUCAGCCAGGCACACCAUGGAGCUGGUGUAUAAUCGCUGCUAUCAGGCUUUGUGUGCCAAGAGAUGUGAGGUUGACAAGUGGCGUCGGCAGUUCAAAGAUCAGUGGUCAAGAGAGCAGAAAAAAAUGAAUGAUGCACUGGCAGCGCUGAAGCGAGUUCGUCAGCAGUACAUCCAGCGCUGUGAGGAGCUGGAGAAGGCCAAAGCUAUGACCGCCAAAGGCAUGGAGGAGGUGGGGGGCUCCAAGACCCUGGACAAGAGGAGGAAGUUACGGGACGAAGCGCAGAUAAAGGCUGUGGAGGCGGAGAAUAUGUACAGGCAGUGCGUGAGCGAUGCCAACACCCAACAGGACGGGCUGGAGCGAAUGAAGGAGAUUAUCAUCUCGCACAAUCGCAAGCUCCUCUGCCAAGCAGACACCCUGCUGAAAGAGGUGACGGUGAACAUGUUCUACCACCAGAGGCAGCAGAUGGAGGUGGUACCUCAGGGCUACCACAGCCUGGAGCUCACGUGCAGGCCGUAUCAGCCUGGCGAGCUAUACCUCUUCUACAUCCAAAAGCGCUGCCUCUCCGAGCAGCCCGUCCAGAAGUUCACCUUCCAAGAGUUCAUUCCGCAUUGCAAGAGGACACCCCCUACUGGUCGGCGUAAAGUGAGCAACACCCUGAUGGCUCUGCAUGACUCCUUCUACCCGGCAGACGACCUGAGACAAAGCAGCAGCACGAGUGAUGGACGGCGCCCUGGUAGCAGUGAUGGUGAGAGUAUAGGAGGGAGCUAUGAGUCUCUUUCGAGCCCAGCCCAUGGGAAUCGUAGGCUGCCCAAAGCCCCCUCCACUGGAACCAUGUCCUCAGAAGACUUGGAUGAGAGAGACAUGGCAGCUGAAGCUGAAUGCAGUGACCCUUUGAAUGACAGCUACGGGACUGACUCCAGAGUGCGCACCAUGACCCACGCCACCCUCACGCACCGGUUCCGAAAAAUGAAGAGCAAAAUGACCAAGUGCAGACAGUGUGACAACUUCAUCCUAGGAAGUGGCAUUGAGUGUGAGGAGGGUUUCGAUAAGAAUUGUUUUUCAAAGAGCCCUUGCCAUCACAUAAUAAGGAGGCACAUCGUCUGUUUUGAGUUGAGAGACUGCGGGACAGUCUCAGCAGUCCAUGGUGGGCUGAUCCGUCUACCCUCUCCUCAGUGCGGCCUCGCGGUACACAGGAAGUGCCUUGACCUGUGCCAGACAGAGUGCGACAGCCGGAGAGGGAAUGUUUUCAGUGUGGAGUUCUGCCAGCUGCCCCAAGAGCAGCCGCACAAAGUGCCCUUCAUCGUGCAGGUCUGCACAAGCGAGAUCGAGAGCCGAGCACUCACUGUCCAGGGCAUUUAUCGGGUUAGUGGGUCGAAACCUCGAAUACUGAAGUUAUGCCAUGCCUUUGAGACUCAGAGAGACCAGGUUGACCUGUCUGACCUCUCACCUCAUGAUAUCACCUCCCUUCUCAAGUACUUUUUCAAAGAGCUUCCAGAGCCUUUGCUGACCUUUGACCUUUACGGUGAUUUCAUCAGCAUGGGCAAAGCGAUUCAGCGGCUCACUGAGAAGGAGCAAACAGUGGACAGUUGUCAGACAACAGAGGACGUGGUGCCCAAUCUAAAACAGAUUCUGGGACGACUUCCCUCCAGCAACUACAGCACACUAAGGCAUAUGAUUGCCCACCUGCACAGGAUUUCUGAGUGUUAUGAAGAGAAUAAGAUGUCUCCCGGCAACCUGGGCAUCGUGUUUGGUCCCACGCUCCUGCGCCCCCUAUUGUCAGGAGGCAUGAUCGCACUCCUGGAAAGCAACUACCAGGCCCUGCUAGUGGAGUUCAUGAUCUCACACCACGACCAAAUCUUUGGACCUGCACAGCGGCUCAGCACCACCCCUCCACCUGUCCCCACCACCCCCCUCCCGGACACCCCACCCAAGGCCUCCUGCGUCUCCCAUGAUCGUGGCAUGACCAAAGAAGUCAAAACUUUGACCAAAGAACGCCCCCGCUCCCUGGAGAGUCACACACUCAAGAGAGUUUCAAGCGAGGGUUAUAUUUCUGACAAGUCAUCAUCCAGUGAGGCAGUGGACCAGCUGAGCCCUGAAGAAGUCCUGGCUAUGACCAGUCUUGUGGCAGCUCCACACGGUUCCUCUGGUGAAGAGUAGAGACUCAAGGACACAAACUGAGGGGUCGACCCGGUCUGCAUCACCAGAGGCACACCGCUCCAUCGUCAUGGGUUCACACAGCAGGCUCCCAGCCAGCAGGGGGCGAGCUCAACUCUGAGACUGUAACACACAGUCCACACAGCAGCUGCAGCUCCUGCCUAGAGACAAGCACCCAAUUCCAAACAGCCAAGCACAUAAAGACCCCAGACUCCACCACUCUGUCAGGACACGCCCCCAUGACUCCGACCCAUGAAUCCAAGCGAGAGACACGAUUGGCCAACCUCCCUGUCAGGGAGGAGAAAGGUACCCACUUGGUUUGUUUGUUGCAGCAACCAAUCCAAGAUCGUACCCAGGGAGCGAGAGGGGCAGGUGAGGAGACACUUAGGAGAAGAGAAGACCACCACAAGAUUCUCUCAGGCCUGCGACUGAAGCCUUGUGUCUUAGUAGAAGGGGGCAGCUCCUCUUGUAUGACUGCCGGGAAUGAGGGAACUCAGGUGGCCACAUUAGUGCUUGUGCUCCUACAUAUUCACACUGGCAGGAUUAUCAAACUACUCACUAGAAGGUGGCUGUUCAAACAAUGUGUUCACAUGUGACAUAAUGUGACAUUUAUGUAUAAACAUGCACAGUGUUCCUUCUGAAGCAUAGUUGGUAUAAAUUAUUUUGUAUAAACUGCAGCAUAACAUGUAUUUGUAGACCUUCACACUGAAAUUACAUUAGUGGUUUUAUGUACAAAUGUAACCAUUGUUUAACAGAAGCUGAUCCUUCAGUUUGUGCUUUUGAUAUUUGCAGAUUGUGAAAAAUUCUUCCUGUGGGAUAGUAAAUUAUAUAAUGAUCUUGCAAAGUAAGUUUCUCAGGAAAAUGUAGAAUUGAAUGGUUUUUAAUUGUUUUUCAGAGAGGUGACUAAAAUGACGCUUUCUUUGGAUUUAAAUUUGAAUAGAUUACAGUAUUCUGAGUUAGUUUUAUCAUACAGAAUUUGCUAUUUCCUAAAACUGUUUUACUUAUUUACUAAACUGUCCUGGUGUGCAACAAAGUAAAUAUUGAAAUUCUCUUCACUGCUGGAGAAAAAUGAAUACAUCUAAAACUAAUAAUCCUUUUUUUUUAACUAAUAAUAAAACUUUUUUAAUAGUUGGAAUAAUCUAAUAAACUAUUUCUAAU